AACAAAAGAGACUUUAGCUUUCACCUAUUUGGUGUAGAGCUAAAACGCGAAACGUAUAUAUCCUCUCAUUUCUCUCUGCAAAAAGUAACCAUUAAAAAAAAAGUCGAAGAGGAAAUCACAAGACGAAAAUGGCUAUGGCUUCCUCUGCAUUGCUGAAGCGAACGUCGGUGAUGAAGUCGGUGAUCGGCGGUCUCCAAGCAUCACGGGAUUUCGCGUCGAUUGCAGUGGGCUCGGACUUGAUAUCGGCCGCUCCGGAUAUUUCCCUCCAGCGAGCUCGCUCCUGGGACGACGGCGUUUCGUCCAAAUUCGCCACUACUCCACUCAGAGACAUUUUCAAGGGCAAGAAAGUUGUUAUCUUUGGGCUUCCGGGAGCCUACACUGGAGUUUGCUCAGCACAACACGUCCCUAGCUACAAAAGAAAUAUCGACAACUUCAAGGCAAAGGGAAUUGAUUCGGUUGUAUGUGUAGCUGUCAACGAUCCCUAUGUUAUCAACGGUUGGGCAGAAAAACUUCAAGCUAAAGAAGCUAUUGAAUUUUAUGGAGAUUUCGAUGGGAGCUUCCACAAGAAGCUCGACUUGAUGAUAGACCUAUCCGCUGCACUACUUGGACCUCGAUCCCACAGGUGGUCGGCUUAUGUGGACGACGGCAAGAUUAAGGCCCUUAACGUCGAGAAAGCUCCCUCCGAGUUCGAGGUUUCCGGUGCUGACGCCAUCCUCGGGCAGAUCUAAGGCAUGGUCUUCUUCUUUAUGCAGUGACUAAUUGUUUGUUUUUUUGAGAUGCAGUGUUGUUAAUUGUUAGACCUCAGUUUUUGCCACAGAUUUUUGUAUGUGCAUUCUUUCUCAUUCUCAAUAAGGAUGGCAAAUUACACAAUUUGAAAAUUUGAUGUAUUUCUCUUUUUGCUAUAAAUGGACAUAGCCUUUCUCCCGCUUUC